CGACUUCAAGACUCAUGCUGAAUGCAGGGAGGGUACAACUACGUUUACCACUAAAUUCAUUCAUGGACAUUUGAACAAAUCCUCUGGUAUCAUCGGUGAGAUUUUUUUCCAAAGCACUGUCUGAAUAGGUAAUGUCUCGGAAAUGUUAUAAUGUUAUUUCCAGCGGCAGCAGCAGCUUUAGGCCACACUAGCUUUCAUUUCAAACUUUAACCCCAGCACAGUCUUGCUAGCGGUUGAUACUUGGUGGCGGCUGGGCUUCUGCUGACGGCUCCUUGGAAGUUUUGGGAAUACCAUGAGGACGAAGGAGCAACUCUGCAUGAGGGGAUUUUUGUGCAGUACGGGACAGCAGAGCGGGGCGGCUCCGAUCAAAAAGUCUCCGUAUGAGUGCCAGUCUCCUUGAAUGGGGCGGUGUGUUUUCAUCUCCUCUACCAUUUUGCAAGAACAGUUUCUGUACCUCCACGGGGGCUGCGGUCGGACCGGCGGAGGGGGACACGGCGGAGGGACUCCUGACUGCCGUGCUGCGUGCUGAACAAAAACAAGAGGCCACUUUGGAGAGAUUAUGGUUCAGAAAGGCCUGCUGCUCUGUCGCCACCGGUCCGCCAACAAAGGAAACGACUAUUACUUCUUUCAUUUCACUCCUGUGGCCGCCGUGUGUGGAAACAAACAGUGAGGGUGUUAAGUGAGAAACAGCCUCAGUCACUGACUUGACAAUGAAAGUUGACAAAUAAGCUCCGACUUUAUGGCCACUUGAGAGUAGCGCUGCUCACGCGCGUCUGAGCAAUUACGCACGUACACAUAACCUACACACGCGCUCCCUUUGUUGUCAAGUUUACUCUCAUUUGAAAAUCUGACAUUUUAACUCUAGUUGUUUUCAAAUCAAAAAUAGUUCGGGCCCCGUUUAAGUGGAUGUAUGAGGAUGGUGGAGAGCCGGAGCUGUGUCCAGAGGGAGGGGGUGUACCGCUGGUUCUCCUCCCUCACCUCAGCCCAGAGAGCUGAGUUCCUGUGUGGGCUGCUGGACCUCUGCGUCCCCAUCGAGCUCCGCUUCCUCGGCUCCUGCCUAGAGGAUUUGGCCCGCAAGGACUACCACUCCCUCCGGGAUGCGGAGAUCAAAGCCAACAACCCCGCAGACCUUUCGGGCCUCACCAACAUCACCGACGAAGUGGUGCGCAGCAAGCUGCUGGUGUCCCUCGCCCUGCUCGGCUCAGACAGCCGCGAGGCGGCAGGGGUCCUGUACCGGACACUGACUCACAUAGACACGGUGAUCAAUAACUAUGGACUGGCGCUGAACGACGGAAGAACAGAGGAGCAGUUUCUGUUGCUGUUCACCAUGGCCUCUAACCACCCGGCCUUCAGCUUCCACCAGAAGCAGGUGCUGAGGCAGCAGCUAAGCCAGAUCCAGGACAUCCUGCAGGUGAGCAGCAGAGGAGCAGGAGAGGCUGAAGCAAUAGGGCCUGAUGGGGAUCGAACUGCCGUUUGUUACACUCAUCCACAUGACCACUGUGACCAUCAGACCGUGUCCCUGUCUCUUGCCUCGUUGUCCCCCUCUGCCUGCUCCCUGCCUAACACCAGGCCUGCUUACCUACCUCUGUGUGCCUGCCAACCCUGCCACACGCACUGCACCUGCUGGCACAGGAGCCAGACCAGAGAGAUUGGCACAGUCUCAGGGCUGGGCACAGGGGUCUCCAUGGGACGAGGAGACCAAACGGGCAGCCAAGACCUCACCCCUCCUCUCCCAGACCUCCCUCCUCCUCCUCCUCCUCCUCCUCCUCCCCCUCCUGCACCACCUCCUCAUCAGCCCCUUUCUCUACCUGCUGGGCAAGGCCUGGAUGUAACAGCAACAAAGACCAAGGGGAAAGCAGGAAAAGUGGUGAUUGAGAGGGUGGUGCUGAGAGGAGUGACACACAAGUCUGAAGACACCAAUGAAUAUGUGUUCGAGGUGAGCUGGUCAGAUGGUUUUGUGUUAUCUGUUGUCCGAACUCAACAGGAGGUGACAGAGCUUCUGUCCCAGCUGUCACAAGCAUUUCCUGAUGAAGGAGUGGAGAAGUUCCUCCCUCAUUCCAUAGAACUGGACCCCAGGUGUCUGACAGCGCUGCCCUGCCAUGUCCUCCAGCACCACAGCAUCCAGCUGUUCUUCAACUCCACCAGGCCUCUCUCACCCAAUUGUCCCCCCUCCCUUGCCUCCUCCCCUCCCACAGCUCCUGUAGCCCCAACCUGCCCGUUCACCUCCAGCUCUAAUCUUGGCUGUAUGGUUCAGUACAGAGGAGGCAACAGGGCAGUGUAUAGAGUGGCAAGCAUCCAGCCCGUUGUCAGCACCCACAGCUCUGUCUUGACUCGCUCCACUCCUCACCUCUCCUCCCUCCCUCCUCCUCUUCCUCCUCCUCUCCCUACCUGCAGUCCCCCUCCCCAGCACUCCCCCCAGCUAUCAUCCCUCCCUCCCCCUGUGCCAUCCCUGCCCAGCCAGGGCUCCAUGGCAGGCGGAGGCGAUAGCUCCUCCCAGCCGCAUCCCCAACAGAGUCAAGCACACUCAUACUCUCAGCCCCAGCAGCACUCCCAGCACCACCUUAAUCCACACACCAGCAGUCAUCAGUCCAGUACACAGCCUCAGUCCCUCCACCUGUCUCAUUCCCAUGCAACGUCCAACUCACAUUCCCAGUCCUUUUCAUACUCCCAGUCCCAGGCCCAGUCCCGUUCCCAGUCCCACACCCAGCCACCAUCUCAGUCUCAACCCAACACUACAGAGCAGAAUGGCAUCCUAGACUGGCUCCGCAAGCUUCGGCUCCAUAAGUAUUACCCUGUCUUCAAACAGCUCACCAUGGAAGAGUUUUUAGCGCUGACAGAGGAGGACUUAAACAAGUAUGACUUGACCCAAGGAGCAAAGAAGAAACUCAAGACCCAGCUGGAGCUACAAAAGUCAGUAGACAGGGAGAUGAAGAUGGAGAAGCGGUCCUGCAGCGGCAUUGCCAGGGUGAUGUCGUCGAGUCACAUGGGACCCUCAACACACCCCACCUCCACUGCAGGAGAGCUGCGAGUGGAGGUGGAGGCUGUGCCACACCAUCACCCCGUAUCCACAGACAGCAGCUCAUCCUCAGGCUACUCCAGCUCUUCCUGCUCCCCCCGAACACCACUCUGCUGUGACUCCACCUUCGACAGGAGCAGAGACAUUCACAGGCGUCCAGAAGUAGCAGGAGGGGGUCCAGAGAAGGACCGGUCCUGCCUCUUCAUCCUGAACUCCAGCUGCCCCACAGGCUCCAGUCGCCCCACAGCCCAGGUCUUACCCGUCCAAACUGAUCCAGUUCCACUUCUCCCUUCCUCCUGCUCCUCCCACCUCCCCUUUGGUCUCCCGCAGUCUCCCUACCAGCCACAGGUCAGCUACCCCCAGACCCUACUUUCCCCGGUCUCAAACCCAGCACGUAUCCUGACCUCCCCACGCAAGCCCCGACCCCCUCCACUGUGCACAGAGGACAGGACAAAGCCGCUGGGCUCGGGUCUGCCUGCAGCUGCUGCAGGCUUCAGUCCAGGGCUCAGUGUGGGGAUAGGGGUGAGGCUGGAGAACCUGUUCCCUGGGCUGACCAUGGAUGGCUCCUCUGCGCUCCAGGAUGCCGUGGUUUGUCGUGGCCUGGCGGGAAGUGCUGUGGGUCUGAUGGUGGAAACCAGCUCCGCUCUGACCUCCACUUCAAACAGCCUCCACCACGUCUCCCACCCCCCACUCCACUUCCACCUCUCAUCCUCUUCAUCCCCUUCUCCAUCUGGAUACUACUCUUACCCUCCAACCUCCUCUUCGUCAUCGUCCUUCUCAUCUUUCUCCUCCUCCUGUCCCUCCACAAAGUCUGGCUCACAGUCUGGGAGCUCCAGUGGUGGGGGUGGAGGUGGCUUUGUUUCCAUGGCAACUGCCAGCAGUGUUCCUGUAGCCGCAGUACCCGGCAACACUUACUACCCUCCCCAGUCUACCACUAGUCCCUCCCCUUCCCCAUCCUCUGCCUCCUCAUUGGAUCAAAGUCCAGGACACACCCCCUCCAUGUGUGUUUGCAGCUCCUGCGGUUGUCGGGGGAACUGUGGCGUCUAUGGAGCGUUGCCUGGAUAUGCUGCAGCUGGCUACCUGCAGCCGUUCUCAACUGGCCCCUCCCUCUUUACCUUGGGUCCUCUGCUCCAUCUCAGCCCCCUGUUAGCCUCAUCCAGCGCCACUGGCACUGGAGCCACGCCCUUCUCCUACCCAAUGAUGAUGCCUCCGCCCCUCUACCGCCACAGCCCUGUCUCACAUGACCAGCAGCAGGGCUUUGGCUUCUACCAGUCCCAUGGCAUCAUGGGAAACGGUGGCCAGAAACGGGCAGCAGGGAGCCUGUCAUGUUAUAACUGUGGUGCCAACGGACACAGAGCAGAGGACUGCAAACAGCCGCCCAUGGAUUCAGUACAGCAGGGGACAUUUCGUCUGAAGUACACUCCUCACUCUGACAGUAAGGACUCAGGGGACUAACCAGCAGAAACACCAUUGGAUUUGAACUGUUAUACUUCUGACACAACUGUACCUCAUAUUCCUGCUGAAGCUAGCAGGCAGCAGCCAGACAGCUGAAAAGGGCCCCGCACUCAGACAGCCUGUGUCUGGAUGCAACGAGGCAGCGUGAGUCUGUUAAAAGACUGCUGAUCUGAAAGCAGAGACCUCUUUUAUCCUCUGUAAUUCUUUUACAACAGAUAAGAGAGAUGAGACGAGGCUGGAAAACAAACAGAGAGAAAUGGUUGACAUAGUCUAUGUCAUUGGAUUAACUUUCAUCCCUCCUCAGAUCUCCUUAUAUACAAACACAACCAAGGAAAGGUAGGAUUUGUAAAAUCUGCCACACUUCAUUUUGGAGAUCUAACUGGAACUCUGCCUCAUCCACAGAAGAAACACUACAAAUCAGACACGUUACCUAUAGUGGGGUAUUACCAGAGAGUCUCAGCUAGGUGACUGAGCAUUUACAGUCUUCUAGAUGGUUCAUAAACCAAAGGCACAGCAUUCCAGUAUUCUAAUAAACUCUUGGGCACUCAGUCAAGUACAUAUGUAACUUGUUCUAAAUCAUAAAACCCAGUUCAAUUAACUCAUGAUCUUAUUGUGACGGACUGGAUACCUUGGAUAUACUGUAUGUCCAAAUCUCUGAAUGCACAAAAGAAACACCAGUGUUAUUUUCCCUUUGACUGAAUCUACAGGUAAAGAACUUCUUGUACUACUCAGCUUUACAACCUCAAUGAUUGAUGAAAGUGGUUCUCUUGUAUGUCUUAUGAUCAGGUUUGGCUCACUCCUGUCGAUGGAUGGCAUGAGAUGUAGAGUUCACUUAAAGAGCUGUGUCCCAAUUACGUUCUACAUUCUAAUUACAUACUAACUGUAUAUACAGUAGUAUAUACUAUAUUCUAAUUUGUAUUGUAUGUUUUUUUACAGUUACUAUACAAGAAUGCAAUAUACUUAUACAUAUACAUUUUAUACUAACAGAAAAGGAUGC